CACAGCCUCCAGGAGAUGAGGCGCAGCGCUUCCCUGGUGAUGAAGGUGUUCGUACAGAGGGACUACAGCGAGGGGACCCUCUGCCGCUUCCAGACCAAGUUCCCCCCUGAACUGGACAACAGGAUCGAGCGGAACUUGCUGGAGGAAACGGUGAAGACCCUGAACUCCUACUACGUGGAAGCUGAAAAAAUCGGAGGCCAGUCGUACCUGGAGGGAUGCCUGGCUUGUGCCACGGCAUACGUCAUCUUUCUCUGCAUGGAGACGCGCUAUGAAAAAGUUUUGAGGAAGAUCACGAGCUACAUCCAGGAUCAAAACGAGAAAAUCUAUGCUCCGCGAGGGCUGUUGCUCACCGACCCCAUCGAGAGGGGAAUGCGAGUUCUGGAAAUCAGCGUUUUCGAGGACCGAGGCUCAGGUAGCUCCAGCCCCAGCAGCGGCGGGUUGUCGACGGCGGGUAGCACUCGGUGA